AAGACCUUUUAAGCAUCGUCUGUUACAGAACAGACUUUUGUCAGUGCUGUGGAGCGGCAAAGAGCGCACCACACUCCGUGAGAUCAAUUCUCUUCGAACACAAACAUGAUCUUGUCUGGGACAGCUUUAUUACUUUUCUUCUCAGGUGUGUUGUCAUUUUCAUUUCCCAACUUCACUUUCUCUGCCCUCCCAACUGACUGUAUUGAAGCCCAUCGUACGUGUUCUGCGGAUCCCCUCUGCAAAGAGUUAUACCGGGGGUUAGAGCUGUGUACGGGUGAAGCUUCUGUGCCACCAGUUGAAGAACAGGCAAUGUCGGAGUGUCUGCAGAGACAGGAUGCCUUACUCGCCAAACACCCCUCUUUUUUGGCCUGCAAGUGCCAUCGAGGCUUUCGCAAGGAGGAGCAAUGCGUGCAAAUAUAUUGGCGAAUUCAUCUGCUGCCAGUGGAGGAUGAGUUGGAAAGGUCUCCCUAUGACAACGCAUUAAUGGACAGAGGCAUGGCCUCCUUAGUGGCAGCCUCGCCUUUCAUACAAGAUGAUGUGGAAAACCAGUGCCUGAAAGCGGCUCAGGACUGCGGCCUAUAUGAAAAGUGUGGUGCUCUGCGGUCAGAGUAUGUUGUGGCAUGCACCAAGAAGAUAUCUGGAACCAACCGAUGUAACGUGCAGAAAUGUCACCGGGCUCUGAGAAGAUUCAUCGAGAGGGUACCUGAGGAAUACAGCUUUGGUGUCCUUUUCUGCCCCUGUACCAACACUGCGUGCGGUGAGAGGAGGAGAAAGACCAUUGUACCCUCCUGUGCUUAUGAGGAGAUAGAGGGCCUGCAACACAACUGCCUCCAUCAGCAAAGCUUCUGCCGCAAGGACACUCUGUGCAGGUCCAGAUUAGCUGAUUUCAUCCAGAACUGCCAGCCAUCACCACAAGCGACCAGUGGCUGUCUGAGAGACAGAGAGAGGAGUCUUUGCCUCCAUGCCUAUGCAGGACUUAUCGGUACUAUCAUGACUCCAAACUACAUUGCUAAUGACUCUGCCGAUGUAUCACUGUGGUGCAACUGUAAAGGGAGCGGCAACCAGUGGCAGGAAUGUCUGAGACUGCAACGUAUGUUCACCCACAACACCUGCUUGAGGAACGCCAUUAGUGGGAUGGGGAGGGCUGACUUCCCGCCUAUGGACAUAACCCCUCUUGCACCAAGACCCUCCCCAUUGGUUCAGGAUGAUGAAAUGCUGAGCAAAAACCACUUACUUGACCGUGACAUUGUGAAGGAAAAUGAGGACUCCAAGCAAUCCAUACAAACAAUGGCGAUAAAUCAAAAUGAUGUCAACUCACCGUACUCUGAGAGGGCCGUUAUCACCAACCUGGGAACACCUGUAGCUGGAAGUGCUAAAUACAUUGUUGCUGUGCCUUUUGAAUUUAUACUUAUAAUCUGCUUUUUUUCUGGUACACUUACUUUGGCAUAGAGCAUCCAAUGAAAACAUGUCGAAAGACCAAACAUGUGCUGGACGAAUGUGGGGCUAAACCAGUUUUCACAAGGUGGAUUUGACAGGCCGCUGGAAUGUUUAGCGUCAAUUUCAAACAGAUUUAGUCAUCAUUUCUGCAGCUCUUUGUUUCGAGUCUUAUUUAUUAGCCGUUUCCAGUCAAGCAUGACCAUUAUCCGCCACCGUCCUGAUUGGUCUUGAAUUUAAUGGGCCAACAAAGAAAACACCUUUUAUGAAUAUUAUGUUGGACAGGUCAAAUCCUGUCAAAAGCCCAAGUUCAAGGCACUAAUUGCACAGAGUGUGAAGUAAUACAUCAAGUUUAAGCAACACUAGGUAACUUUUCAACCUUUAUAAAAUGUUUUCACUACACUUGAGAUGAUAUGUUGACUCAGAACUAGUUGAAUGACACCUCUUUUAUAUCUUGAGGGUGUCUGUAUCGAUUUCACCGGCACUAAUUAACUUUGAGGGGGGUGGCAGGAACCCAGCCACUCAAAAAACCUACAAAUGUGCUGACUGCUUUACGGCAUUCGUCACUUCCCCUUUCCCCAUGCUUUAUAAAGAUGUAAGUCGAACGCUUUCGCGUGAAUUCUGCUAAGACGCUAGAGCAGGGGUGUCAAACCGAUUCCACAAAGAACUGCAGUGGGUCCUGGUCUUUGUUCCAACAGAUCCAGCACAGACAGUUCAACCAAUGAGAUUUCUGCGAAAACAUGCAGCACCGGACUGCCAUCAGCUGAUUACACUGUUAAGACACCAGAUCGGUGAAAAGGUCUUCAUCUCGUUUGGUUGGAGUGAAAUCCAGCACCCACUGCGGGCCUUUGAGGACAGGUUUGACACACACGCAAAUGCAUAAUUAAGUAUAAACAUCGGCCCGGCUUUCACUCGUUGGCGUGAACCCCCCAACCCCCCCCCCUUCAACUGAACUUGUCAGCGGUGAGGAGUUCGGUUAGGGUGGGGUGCUUGGCCACACUAAGCCACAAGGUUGCUAAUCGUAAUAUGCUAUUGUUUAGCCAAAACUGGAUUCAUUACCUUAUUACUAUACUUCCUUCACACAGGCUUUGGAAACAGAAAUGUCAUUUAAUCCAUCUGCGCCGACCAGGAGAUCAUGAUUUUACGACACUGUGCGGGUGCGUGCUGGUCCUCAUCGGAACGCAGUCUUCCUUAAGGCAAAACACUACUGCUUUUGUCCACUGGCGUCACAUAAAUCGACCAAAACUGAAAAGUUACCUAGUGUUUCUUAAAAAUAACUAGCAAAUGAAACAGCUACUGCAUGCUUAGAUGUUACAGCGAUGACAUCCUAGUAAGAUAUAAAAUUUGACAGCAGUAAAACUUUGAUAUCCAUUUUAUGAAUGUUCUUGACUCAACGUGCAAGUUGGGGAAGAUGGCAUGCUAGUUAUCCUCUGGCUUAAUCUUACCUUGGGAUAAUACAUAUGUACGUUUGCUUGUUUAUUUUGGAGAAAUUUAGAUGGGAGUGACGCUGUACGUCCAGACUGUUUUAAUCCAAUUGUGUACCGCACGAAUGCUAUUUUUAGACCGUGACGUCGCAUUGUAAAGCGGAAGUGGGAUAUUAUAGACCCGCCCUCGCAUAGAUACCAUUAUAUUUCUGCGACUUUUCUCCGGUAAUCUUUCAACAACGAACAUGCCGAUCGAGCAUUGCUUAUAUGGUACUUGUAGAAACGACUCUAGACAUUACGACAUAUGAAGGAUGUUUUCUUCAUACGUUUCCCGAAACCAAAAACUCGGGAGGAAAUAACGUGAAGAAUUGAUCAACUUACGCGGACGCUUAACGCCAGCAAGGUGAAGUUAUUCACAUUCUAAAUGGCAGUAAACAUUUUGUUGGGUUGGCAUGCUCCUUCAGAGGACAAAGAGGUAAGCCAUUAUGAUAUUUUUACUUACUUUUUAGCGUGGCAUUUUGCCGUGCUGCUUGUCUGACAAUGAAUGACCUGAAAACAAUUAAAAGGGUAUCUGACUGCCACUGUUACCUUUUCUAUUGUAAAAAAACAACUUUAGUAAGGGGGAAGUUUAAAUAAAUUAUAGAAUUAAGAUUUGUUAUUAAUGAAAAAAAUUAAAAGUGUUCGAUGGCUGUCAACGAGUAGCAUUUGCGAUCGCUACACAAAAAUAGCAAUGUAAAUUGCCCAAAAGAACGGUCAGAAAUGUAAGACAACCAGAGGAUAUAAUAUAUACAAUAGACACGGCAUAUGGUGGUAAAGGACAGAUUGUUGAAACAGGAGAAUGUCAUUGUCAUUUACUACUGGGGACAAGCUCCCGUUUGUUCCGCCCUUUAGCAACAUUAGCUAAUGUCAUGAAUAUUAAUCAGCGGAAGUUACGCGUAGCGUGCGGUACGCCAUUGGAAUCCAGUUGUUCUUUUUUACUUUGGGAAAGGAAAGAACUGCACACCCAGAGAUAAACUCUUUGGCUACCCCCUUGUCUGAUUUACAUAAGCUAUAGGCACACCGCUCCACGUCCGCAGCUUGUUGAUCCUUUCCAGUGAUGUUAAAGUACCAUAUUGGCCCGAAUAUAAGAUGGUGUUUUUGCAUUGAAAUAAGAUUGAAAAAGAGGGGGUCGUUUUAUAUUCGCGGUCUAGACAUUAUACCCAUUCACGACGCUAGAUGACGCCAGAUAUCAAUAAAGCCAUGUUCUGUUAUGACAGAUCUCAGCUACUAGUUUAACCAGUUUGCAUUAUUUUCUUGCAAUGUUUGUCCUUAUUCAGAUUUGUUUCAAAACUACAGUUACAGUUAGACUUCACUUUGAUGGUUAAUGCAGUUAUUGCAAUUUUGUUGUUUUAUCACAAUAGAUUGGUUUAUUUACGUUUCAAAAACCAGAAGCCAUUCAUUUACGAAUGUGAUUGCACUUUAGUUUACAUAUUUAAUUGUUCAGAUAUUAAGAUUUUAAUGAGGCAAAACCACAUGCUUUUUCUCUCAAAUAUAUUGUUAUAAUCAUUUGUUUCAGAUGUACUGUAAUUAUUUUCUGUAUAAAAAUGAAUUUGGUGUUCAAAAAGUCUUUUUUUAAACUUGAGUCUUGAAAAAGGGGUCGUCUUAUAAUCAGGGCCGUCUUAUAUUUGGGCCAAUACGGUAGUAUGGCAGUAGGUAGUCAGGUGACGCUAGCAUUAACCACCAAAAUAAACAUGCAAACAAUGGGAAAAUGCUGAAUUUGUCAGAUCAUACUGACUUAACGACGGUUGCUAGAACAUAUGAUUGGUCAGUGGCCAUUUUGGGGGUAGAGACUGCGAAAGGUCAAUUGCCUAAGUCAUAUUUUAACAUUUUCUGAAAAAAAGCUUUUUGGACUGCAUCAGUUGUUUUUUUUUUCUUUCAUUUGUAAUUGGCUUAGGACAAAAGGAUGAUGUGGCCGUGUUAGGAAAAUAACAUUAUGCAGAAAUCUAAAUUUGCCAAAAAAAAAAACAACAACAACAACAAAAACUGACUUUUUAUUAUGCUACUAGGCUAACGGAAUGUAUUAAACUGGUGUAUUUCACUUCUUUCGAUAAGAAGGAAAUGUUAGCAUAAAAGCCAUUGGAAAAAGUUUUGAUUCCAUCUCAAACCUUGAUAUGACCAACUCAUUUAAAAAUAUAUUAAAUAUUGCAAUGCUUACAAUACUACAUUUUUUCCCUGUAAGUAACAGAUACAGAAUAUCAGCUCAGUACAAUGGGAUUCUGAAUGUCAAUGUUAUCAUCCAGAAAGUGAUUGAUGAAACCCAUAGUCGAAGAUUCAGUGGCUGCAGUGCCUUCUGAUGGCCGAAAAAUGUCAUUUCAUGUGAUUGACUUUCCUAUAAAUGAAUUUAAAGGGGAUGUUCAGAAUGUUUUACAUAUGGCUUAAUCUUCAAGUUAGCGGUGGUUUAAUUAGUCGGUGGAGUCGAUUUCAACAAAUUCUGUUCAGUUUGUUAGUUAUUUGUUAGCUUCAGGGGUCCACAAUGGCUACGGUAGCAUGAAUCAAUAGUGUUUUUAAAAGCCUCAACCAUGUUUUGUGUCACAGUCUGUACACGUCAUAAAACCGUUAUUUGAAAGAUUGCUCUGGUGUGAGUGUUUACGACUGAAUGCUUAUGCUGAAUGCUGAACCAUUUAAUGCACUUACAGGUAUGUCAAAAACAUCCCUUGUUCUACUUGCCUCCAUAUGUGUAGAGCAGUCACGCUGCUGCUUUUUGUCCAUUUUCUUAUACUGUAUAUCAUAUGAACAUUGGAUAGGCUUCUGUCAUUGUGAGCUUAAAAACACAGCUGAAUCCUAUCGUUGUAGCUCUGCAAUUUCUGAGUUUAAAUUGUUAGCAUUUUAAUCACUUAUACCUCAUGCAUUAAAUUGUUUUGAUAUUUGUGAACUUGAUCCGACAAGCCCAAUAUAUUGUUCAGACUGUUGUUUUGACUUCGAUGAUGUAGAGGCCAUGUGCCGUUUGGUGUUUGAUCAUUCACACCCCAAAAAGAAAACUGAAAAUUUUCAACCUUAGAACUUAUCAAAUUUUGACAGAACAUCAACCAUAUUUGUUGUUGGACAGAAUUGAACACAUAUUUUCACCUCGUUGAGUGCAGAACCGUGAGGAAAAAUUGUACAGCAGGUUAACCCAUUCUUCACAUUGUUCUGAUUUAAUGUUGACUUAUACAUUGGUCUCACAUGAAACUGAUUAUAUCAAUCAAGGACUGGGGGUACUUCAGUCUCAGUCUGUAAACAUGUGUCAGUUUCAGAGUAACUCAGAGAAGUUAUGUAUUUGACUGAUAGCACACGCAUUGUACUGGAAACAGACAUUAUGAAAUCUGAAGACCGUUGUGGAAAACGACAUUAUGAAAAAAAUGACUUUGAAAAAUGCUUUUCAUCUGCUAAUAGCUCAUUGUGCUGAAAAACGACAUUAUGAAAUAAAAAGACUUGUUGAAAAAGGCAUUAUGAAAUUUUAAAAAAAUACUUUGUGAGAAACCUUUUAUCUUGUAAAAUCUUUUUCAUAAUACCUUAUUUUACAUUUUAAGGGCCAUAUUAUACAAUGUGUCUGUUUAUUUAUCAAAAGGUAAUGUUUUAAAACUUGUUUUUAAUUAUUUAAUUAUGACCCUUUUGGGGUUCCAUACUUCUCUAGGUUGGGGUUGGACACAGCUAACAAUCCAGUUCAAUGAAAAAAAUGCUGGUCCUAUAAGCACUUGGGAGUGGGGGAGCUGGGGGCAUGUGUACAUAUGAUGCCCGUUACACAUUUCUGACCGCCCCUUCAUACAUGCCGGCCUACUGUUGUGUUAUUUGGGUUCAAUAAUGAGACUUUUGUUCACUCCAAACUCACUUUACUGCAUCAUCAUAUCACUGUACAACACAUGAUCAAUACCAGUGUGUACCUACGCUGGUCGCGUACUAUACAGUUAUGUAUCUCUGCACCUAGGGAGGUAAAGUAGUCCCGGACAUAUGACAACACCUACAACUGGCCCUGUCUUACGAAACAGACAAAAAAACGGCCUUGAAUUUGCAGCUAGUACAGAAUGCUGCUGCCAGAGUCCUUACAAUUACAAGGAAACUGGACCAUUUUACGCCAGCUUUGAAGUGGUUACACUGGCUUCCAGUGAGACGAGCUAGACUAUAAAAUACUGCAAAACGAUUAAUGGCCUUGGACCAAAUUACAUGCUUGAUUUUUUUUACCCCUAUGGAACAUCUAGACCCCUAAGAUUUGCUGUAUGUUCCAAGAACAAGUACCAAGCAGCAUUUAGUUACUAUGCUCCUUACUUCUGGAACAAGUUACCUGACCGUCUGAGGUGUGCUCAAACUGUUAGCUCCUUUAAAUCAGGGCAAAAAUGCUAUUGUUUUACCACAGCAUAUUCAUAACUGCCUAUAUAUUUCAAAUUUGCAUUUUAUUCAAUUUUUGGGUUUUAUUUCCAUUUCCGAUUUUUUCUUGGUGAUAAAAUUGAUCUUUAUGUAUCAUUUUUUUUUCCUGUUUCAAUUGUCUUUGUUUUAACCUUUUUUAUUUAAUGUGAUUUUUUUACGAAUCAUUUUGUCUCUGUGGAUCUUCAGGGGAUGUAAAGUACUUUGUAUUGCUUUAUGUAGAAUUGUGCUCUAUAAAUAAAUUUGCUUUGCCCUGCCCCACUUUUGUUAUGUACUUCCUUAAUCUA